CCUUUCUGGAAAGCCUAUGCAAUUUCUGAGUGCUCCAUUCUCUGAAAUCCUACUGUAAAGACCCAAUUCAGCACUCCCGAUUUUGGGAAUGGACAGCGGGGCAAACUGGUCGGAGAAGGUGGAGGAUCUCGUUGAUGGCGGAGAAAUCAAUGAAGCCAUUUCUUUACUAGAAAAAAUGGUUUCAAAGCUAGAAAUUGAGUCCCAAAUUUCUCCAUCAGAUUCUCAACUUGUUAAACAGUUAUCUACUGCUCUACUGGAUUUGUCCAAACUCUAUUCUACUAAAGGAUUAUCUUUACAAGCUGACCAGACGCGCUCAAGGGCAUUUGUCAUUAAACAGCAGCAAGAUUCUAUUAAAGAAAAUAGGGAUGUAAAUGCAAACAAGGAGUCAACUGGUGGUGGAACUUCGGGAGGUGGUAAAGAGGAUCACCUCGGCUUGCAAAUUGAAACCUCACAGAAUGAUGAUGCGCCUGAUGAUGAUUGGGAAGCUAUUGCUGAUCGUGCAGAUGAAUUACUUUCCCCACAGUACUUGCCAGAAGUCUCAAAAAUUUCUUUGCAGGAUUCAAAAGUUCAGGGUGUCACCUCUCAGGGUCCCAAGCGACGUGGAAGGGGUACAUUCGCCUAUCAGAAACAAAGUCUCUACAGUGAUCAGCACUCUGAUGGGCCUGCCAAUGAUGACUUUGAAGAUGAAACUAUUUCCCAUGCUUCAGAAGGGAGCUCUGAUACAAAAAAAUUAGACUAUGGAACACGCCACGUCUUGGUUCUGGCUGAUUUUUCACCAAGCACUAAAGCAAAUGAUCUCGAGAAAUUGUUGGAGAAAUUUAAAGACGAUGUUGCAAUUCGCUGGGUCAACGAUACAGUUGCACUUGCAGUUUUCAGAACACCAUCCCUUGCAUUACAGGCCAGCAACUCGAUACAAUGUCCAUUUACAGUGAGAGUACUGUGUGAGGAGGAUGAACUUUUGAGCUCAAUUCCGCCAAGAGAUCUGGAGCCCCCUCGUAGAAGACCCCCGACAUCAGCUAGAACCGCCCAGAGAUUGAUUGCUCAAAGUAUGGGUAUAAAGUUGCCUUCUACGGACUUUGGAUCCAGAGAAUAUAGGAGACAGGAGGAAGCCAGGAAGAACAGGAUAGUUUCAAGACAAAAUAUGAGGAAUGAUGCUUGGGGCGAUGAUGCCAACUAAGGAUUCAUUUGCUCAAGCUCUCUAAAAAUUUCUUUUUUUCUUCGGUAUGCAUUAACCAGUGUUGCCUUACUUUUUGAGUUUUGCAUAUCUUCACCAGUUUUGAACAGAUGAAUAAUGUCUUAAGGAAUUCUUGAUAUUCUCCCAUGGUUAAAGUAGGUACUCUACUCAUCCUUGUAUAGCUACAGAAAUGAGCCGAACCCUAUUCAAUUCUCAGUUUUCUGAUGUAUAUCUGUGAUGUCAAAAUUGUAUUAUUUGUUUUGGCUGGCAAUCUCAUUGGAAGCUGUGACUUAUCA